AACGCCCCCCUUUCCCAUCCCAGCCCCAGUCCCGACUCCUGAGUCCACCCAACCCACUAACGCUGCUAAUAAUAGUAAUCAAUUUUACGACUUUCCCUCUUUCUGCCCGCCGGCUUUUCUCUAGUUAGAAGAAGAAACUAGAAAUGGACGUUCGCCGGCGACCAGCCAACCCGAUUCUCAGGGAGAAAGCCGACGCCGGCGAACAACUCAUCAAACCCCACAAAUCCCAUCAACACCAGCAGCAGCAACCACCCAUGAAGGCUUCUGAUGCGCUGCCCUUACCUCUGCACCUAACUAACGGAUUGUUUUUCACCAUAUUUUUCUCUGUCAUGUAUUUCCUCCUCAGCAGGUGGCGUGAGAAAAUCCGUAACUCAAUUCCUCUCCACGUCGUCACGCUUUCUGAGCUCGUGGCUGUUCUCUCCUUAAUCGCCUCCGUCAUUUAUCUAUUGGGAUUUUUUGGGAUUGGCUUUGUUCAAACUCUCAUUUCCAGGCCCAAUCCUGAUGGUUGGGACGUUGAAGAUGAAAAUACCGAACAAUUUCUCCUUCAGGAAGAUAGCCGUAGCGGAACUUGCACCACCCUCGGUUGCGCCGUCCCGCCUCCUCCCGUUCCCUCGGCUAAAGGGCUUCCGAAGAUAUCGCAGCCGGCUGCCAAAGCGGCCAUGGCAGUGGAGAAGCCUGCUCCCCUCAUUACGCCCCAGGACUCGGAGGAGGACGAGGAGAUUAUUAAAUCUGUCGUCUCCGGAAAAAUUCCGUCCUAUUCUCUCGAGUCGAAGCUCGGGGAUUGUAAGAAGGCGGCUGGUAUUAGGAGAGAAGCGCUGCAGAGGAUUACUGGCAAGUCAUUGGAGGGGUUGCCGUUGGAGGGUUUUGAUUACGAGUCGAUUUUGGGACAGUGCUGCGAGAUGCCUGUGGGAUACGUACAACUACCGGUGGGGAUUGCCGGGCCUCUGUUGCUUGACGGUAGAGAGUAUAUGGUGCCAAUGGCGACCACUGAGGGGUGUCUUGUGGCUAGCACCAACAGGGGUUGCAAAGCUAUUAUGGCCUCCGGUGGCGCAACUAGCAUGUUGUUGAGAGAUGGGAUGACCAGAGCUCCUGUGGUGAGGUUCGCCACCGCCAAAAGGGCAGCAGAGUUGAAGUUUUUCGUGGAGGAACCUAUGAAUUUUGAGACUCUCUCCGUUGUUUUCAAUAAAUCAAGCAGAUUCGCCAGAUUACAGAGCAUCCAAUGUGCCAUAGCAGGGAAGAAUCUAUACAUGAGAUUUAGCUGUAGCACAGGUGAUGCAAUGGGCAUGAACAUGGUGUCAAAAGGGGUACAAAACGUCCUUGAUUAUCUUCAGACCGACUUUCCUGACAUGGAUGUCAUUGGAUUAUCUGGAAAUUUUUGUGCCGACAAGAAACCAGCAGCAGUGAAUUGGAUUGAAGGGAGAGGGAAAUCAGUGGUUUGUGAGGCAAUCAUCAAGGAAGAGAUAGUGAAGAAGGUAUUGAAGACUGAAGUUGCAGCCUUGGUUGAGCUUAACAUGCUUAAGAACCUUACGGGCUCUGCUAUGGCCGGUUCCCUUGGAGGGUUCAACGCUCAUGCUAGCAAUAUUGUCUCUGCCGUCUACAUAGCCACCGGCCAAGACCCUGCACAGAAUGUCGAGAGCUCACACUGCAUCACCAUGAUGGAGGCCGUAAAUGAUGGCAAGGAUCUUCAUGUUUCUGUCAGCAUGCCUUCUAUUGAGGUGGGCACGGUUGGAGGCGGUACCCAACUCGCAUCUCAGUCAGCUUGCUUGAACUUGCUCGGAGUCAAAGGUGCAAAUAAAGAAGAAGCAGGUGCUAAUGCAAGGCUUUUGGCCACCGUUGUGGCUGGUUCAGUUCUUGCUGGAGAGUUGUCUUUGAUGUCUGCUAUAUCAGCAGGGCAGCUUGUGAGUAGCCACAUGAAAUACAAUAGAUCGAGCAAGGAUGUCACCAAGGUAGCAUCCUAGAGACGAAGGGAGCAAACCUCGCAAAAGCAGCUCCCUCCCCAAAAGUACAAUAAUAAUGUAGUAUAAUAGAUGUAAUAGCAAAAGCCCGCCACCAAAAAGUAGCUUUUUGGAUCUUGAUAGAAAAAUUGACAAAAAAAAAAAAAGAAGUACAAAAAUAAUGAGGGAAAAUUGGAAUAAAUUUUGGGGUUCUGAAAUCUGAAGUAGUAGUUGAAUAGAAAAUGGUGGGUUAAUAAUAAUUUUUAAAAAAAAGGCAAUAGAAAAGGGAAAAAAAAGAGAGGGAAAGGAGUUGGAAGGGGGCAAGGAAAAAAAUCAUAUGAUGAGAUGAGGGGGAUGGAGAGGAAAAAUGUGUGAAGAUAUAAAAAUGCCCAAACAGAACAUAGCAGUGUGUCUGCUGCAUUCAUUGUACAAAGGGUCAUGUGAUGCUGCCAACUUUUUUCUGGAUGAAAUGAAAUGAGUCGGGCUGUCACUUUGGGGAAUCAAUCAGUCUCCUCUUGAUUUUUGUGCAUCAGAAAUCCCACUGGUGAUGGGGACGUCGGAGAAGAGGCUCAGGCAGCAGUGUAGUGCAGUGCUUGGUUGUCGUUCAUGUGCAAUUUAAGGGAGGAGGAUUUCCUUUUUGUUUAUUCUGUAUCUUUGUUAACAGUCAUUAAUUUAGUUUGUAAUUAAGUUAAGACCGAUGGAUGGAAUCUCAAAAAAGUUAAAUUGGGACUGAGAUCUCUCAAGGGAGAUGUUUUUGCUUUUGCUUUUGCUUUUGCUUUUGCUUUUGCUGCUGUAUGUGUAUCAAAGCCAUGCUCUGAAUCAGAUAUUCAUUCUCGUGCA